GCUCUCGAUGCACUUUUGGCUUGGCAAUGCUUGCAGUGGCAAUCGCAACGAUGACCCCAGCUAGUCCUCUCCUCACCCCGAAUGCACUCUCGCUCGCUCCCUGUCGUCGUCUCACAUCACACCUGCUCCCCAUGACAUGAGUGAAUGAAUGGAACUCUCCAUCGGCCGCUGCCCUUGCGAGGUGGCAAGAGGGAAUACAUAAAUACGGCCACAUGACCCACGGCCCCAUCAUCCCCAUGACCGACCGCUCCGUCCGACCCCAUCUCCUUCCACCUCUCUCUCCCUCUCUCACUCGCUGCUGCUAGCUCUGCAGCUGCCUCGGAGUAAUUGCUGCCAUCCGGAGCCUUCGCUUCAGCGAAAGGUGGUCCGAGUCCGACCGCCGAUGGGCAGGAAGGGAGGCCCCCUGGCCUCCAUCUUCUCCUCCUCCAGGCAGUCCAAGCCCGGCGGCACCGCCGCGGCCGCGCCCACCCCGCCGUGGCCAUGGCCGUCCUGCGCGACCAAGCCGCAGACGGCGUCCUUCCGGCGGCAAGGCAGCGACAACGGCGAUGGCCGGAAGUGCACCACGGCCGCCGGCCGCCGCUUCGACGACGCAGCAGCAGCAGCAGCACCCGGCGUUGGCGGACGGCUGCGGCCGCCGCGCGGGGCCGCCGCGCCGGGCGACGAGAUGUACAAGACGGUCAACUCCGUCUACUUCGACGCCGCCGACUCAUGCCGCUCCUUCUUCUUCUUCGACGACGACGGCGGCGGCGGGGACGCGGCGGACGACGACGUCCUCGACGACGACGGGAGCUUCUCAACGAUGACGGCGUCGGAGGAGUGGUCCGAGGCCGUGAUCCGCAGCCUCGGCCGGACCUCCACCGGCCGCUUCUUCUUCGACGCGGGCCCCGCGGCGCCCGUCGCGGCGUCGACCAACUCCAUCCUCGCCGCCUCCAAGUCGUCGAAGCCGCUCUAUGAGGCGCCCCCAAGCAAGCUACCGCGGGCGGUGAUGUCACCUCCCGUGGCGGGAGUGGUGCUAACCGACGACGACGGGGUCAGCGAGGCCGAGACGGAGACAGAGGUGCCGUCGUCGUCGUCGUCGCUGCUGGAGGAGAGCGUGGCGGUGGCGCUGGACUCGGACGACCCGUUCCGCGACUUCCGCGCGUCCAUGCACGAGAUGGUGGCCGCGCACGGCCUCCGCGACUGGGCGGCGCUGCAGGAGAUGCUGCUCUGGUACCUCCGCAUCAACGGCAAGCACAACCACGCGCUCAUCGUCGGCGCCUUCGUCGACCUCCUCGUCGGCCUUGCCACGAGCAGCGCCGCCUCUCACUCCGCCACCACCGCAACCACGACGACCACAACCACGACGGCAUGCUGCUGCAGCAGCACCUUCAGCAGCUCCAGUACUAGCAGCGGUGGCGGUGGCACUACCACUACUGCAGCUGUAGCUGCAAGCAUGAUGGAUGAGCAAUGUGGAAUUAGCGCCGGUGCGUCGUGCUCCUCUGUUUCGUCUGAUCUGGAAGAAGAGGCGGCUGCAGGAGAGAGAUCAAGCAACAAUGGCCACUGCACAAGUUGCGAUGCACUCGAUUAUUCCUGUUCUUGAUGCUCUUCUGCUCGCAUUGCUAUAUACUACUUACAAGGUAUACUACUAGUAGCUAGUAGCAAGGCCACGGAUAAAUCAGGAGCCAGCAAAUACAAGCGUUCGAUUUAGAUCUGAAUGUGCCUCAAUUUGGUUGAGAUUCCACCAUCUCACCUUGUGUUACGAAACGUAUAGAUUUUGCUUUUUUGCUUUUUAGAUUAUACAGUAGUACGUACAAUGUAAUACUCUCCCGUCCGAAAAUAAAAAUUCGUUUUUGGUUU